AUGUUGCAAUUAUUAUUUAAAUAUUUGAAUUCUAAUGAUAAAUCACCUCAAAAACUUGAAAUAGAAAAUAUACGAGUUUCUGCUCAUAAUUCUCGUGAUUUUGAAAAACAUGAAAUUAUUGGACGAGGAGGAUGUGCAGUUGUAUAUUCUGCAAGUUUUAAACAAGAAAAACAUGCAUUAAAGAGUCUAAACAAUAAUCUAAGUUUUGAUGAAAAAGCAUUAAAAAGAGUUAAACGAGAGCUUAAACUUCAUUAUGAAGUUGAUCAUCCCAAUGUCAUAAAAUUUUUUGGAAUUUCAAGAUAUGAGCUUGAGAGAUUGUCGUUUGAAACAACAGUUGAAUUUAUUACAAACAUCCCUCAUAAAUAUAAUCACAGGAAUACAUCUUUAACAGAAAAUCGUCAUGAUAGUAUACAAGCAACUAUUAAUGAAAGUAAAUUCGAGGAAACCAGUGAUAAAGGAGUGUGCGAUUCCGGUGAGUUGGAUAAAAAGAAAUUAAAAGAGACUCAUUAUAAAACAACAUGGUCGAUGGACCCAAACAUUUACGGAAAAGACCAAAAACAACCCGAAUUUUUUAAAGCCAGACAGGGUAAUAUUAAAUAUCUUGAGCAUGAAAGCAAAUUCGAAGAAACGAGCGAUAAAGGGGUUUACGAUUCCGGUGAAUUGGAUAAAAAGAAACUAAAAGAUGAUCAUUAUAAGACAACUAGGUCGAUGGACCCAAGCAUUUGUGUAAAAGACCAAAAACAAUUCGAAUUAUUUAAAGCAAAAUAUCUUGAAUAUCAUAAUAAGCAUGAAAAUUGCGAUUCCGGCGUAUUGGAUGAAAGGAGAUUAAAAGAAUAUCAUCGUAAUACAGCAUGGUCAAUGGACACAACCAUUUACAAAACAAGCCACCAACAAUAUGAAUUUUUUAAAGCCAGAUACUCUAAUAGUGAAGAUAUCAACGAGCGUGAAAAAGAAUAUUUAUUAAAAAUGCUUCAAAGUAAAUUUGAUAAAUUAAAAGUCAAAAAUAAAGAGGGUGAAGAACGUCAAUGUGAAGAUUGCAAAAAUUUUACUCGCGCUUUUCAAUACUGUGAAUUUUGCAUUAGAAUUUAUUUACAUCAUAACUUUCGUGAAUGGACCGGCAACGAUGAAAUUGACAAGGCAAUUCAAGAUGCCCAAAAAAAUGUGAUGGGACCUGAUUUAGUAAUCGAAUUCAUUCCUUAUGAAAGGCUUAAAGACAUACAAUACAGAACUAAAGGCUUUUAUGCUGAUAUCUAUAAUGCUGUAUGGAUCGAUGGUCCCUUUAAUAUGUGGAACGGAAAAGUUCUAGAAAGAAUCCGAAAUCACAAUGUUAUUCUCAAGAGAUUAAAAAACUCCGAUCAAACGGCCAUCCGUUGGUUUAAUGAGAUUUUAUCCCACCUUAAAUAUGACAAAAUUUCAUCUAAUAUUGUUAGAUGUUAUGGAAUAACUAAAGAACCAGAUACUGGUGAUUUUAUAUUAGUUUUAAAUGUUAUGGACUUCGAUAUACGUGAAUUUCUUGAACAUUUAGAAGAAAAAAAUUUAAGAAUUAAUUGGAAAGAUCAAUAUCAAAUUAUCUACAAAAUAUCAGCAUGUUUGCAUGAAAUGCAUCAAGAAGGAUUGAUCCAUAAAGAUUUACAUCCUGGCAAUGUAUUACUACAAGGAGAUUAUGAAAUAAGAAUCAGCGAUUUGGAACAUGAUAUUUUUCUUGUAAACGCCAUCAUAUUUGGACUUCGACCAGAUAUAGUUUAUGGAACGCCACCUGAAUAUGAAAAAUUGAUGAAACAAUGUUGGGAUGCUAUUCCAGAAAAUCGACCAGAUGCCAGAGCAAUUUAUAAAGAAAUAUACAAAUUGCAACAAAACUUGUCUAAUGUUAUAGAGAAUGCAACGAAUGCAAAAAUAGUCACUGAUAAUAUAGUAAAUGAUAACAUUUCGAAUAUACGCAUUCGGAAUGAACAUCCAAAUAAAGACUGGUCAGCUACCACACAAUAUUUGUCUUCAGGCCCAAAAAAUUGGUUAAAGGAUAAUCCGAAAACCCUUUCAUCAGGCCCAAAGAAUUGGCUUAAAGAAAAACAAGAAGCAUUUUAUCAGGAUCCAAAGAUGAAUCAGGUAAAUAUGAAGAUGGAAUUGGCUGCAAUAUUUCAAUGUAACCAGAUGCUUACUUCAUUCAUACUUACAAUAAAAAUAUUGAUAGACGAUUUUAAAAAUAAAGACUAUGUUUUUAUUGAAAAUUUGCUUGAGAAAUCGAAGAUUUCUGAUAUUGAUGAAAUUGAAAGUGAUAGUCAGGCAUCUUGA